AUGUCGAAAGCUGGUAAAGAUUCAAAAGCAGAUAAAAAGGCAGCAAAGGAGUCAGACCACCCAGAUGCCUCUUACAUCAAAAGAGAAGAUAUCGGAGUAGUAGUUGCCAAGGGGCUUGCAGUAAUGUACAAAACUCAGCCCAAGAACCCAGUCGACUUCCUUGCCAAGUGGCUUCUCAAUUACGCCUAAGUUGAGAAGAAGGUGCUGCUAAAGCAAGAACAUGAAGACAAGGUUAGGGAGCUCAAGGAUAAGCUUGAGUACCAGGCAAGCGUGCGCAGGACCGAGAAUGCCCACAAGCUGAAGGAGGUCUAUGAUGAGGAAGAGAAAGUUAAUCUGUUUAGGGAGAAGAUUGGCCUCUCAUCUGAUCUCAACGACCAGUUACAGGAUCUAGUUAGUUUCUUGAAGAAGAAAACUAGUGCUACAGCUGUAUAUAUCGGUAAACUUGUCUCACCUAAAAGACCUAUUGGUGAAGGAGAUGAUGAUAAUUCCCAUGUAGAUAAUGAUUCUCCCUAGAUAAUUCAUUUCACUAAUGCUACAGAUGGUCAUGAUUACUUAGUGGAUAAAAUACUAUAAUAAACUCAAGGUCUCACUUUCGAUGUAUUUAAGGAUGAUGAACCAGUUGAAGAGGAGAGAGUUUUGGAUGAAGGUGAAGAGGGUUACUAAGAAUAGCAAGAAAGACUUGCCAAGGCAAAAGAGCAACCCAAUGAAAUUCUACCAAAGUUUGUGUAUGUAAAGGAGGUAGUGAGAGAACCAAGGAUGCAUUUCUUUAAGGUGCCAAAGCUAGGUUCUUUCAUGGCAAUAAGAUUGGAAUACUAAAGUUGCUUGUUCGAAGAAUCUCUAGCAGUGGCAGUCAGUGAUUAUGUUGAUGUCAUGAACAAGAAGAGAGAACAGGAUGAUGAAAAGAGAUAGUAUUAUGAGAAAUUAGAGGAGGAGAAGGGAGAUGGUGACGAGACUAUUGAUCAACAUCAUGAUAAAUAAUGGGAAGAAAUUAAGCCACAACCAUACAAGACUAAAAAGAUCCAGUAUGUCGUUUGCUUGAAUACUCUAGGCUAAGAUAGAGAGUUCACUGAUGAAGAGAAGAAGACUGCUCUCCGAACAGUCAGAGACUAUAGAGAUAGAUGGGAGCAGGUUGAAUAGGAUAAUCUGAUGGAAGAUAUUAGAAAGAGAGUAAAGGACAUCGCCCAUGAUAAAGUAUACAGAGAACAUCACGAGCAGAUGGACACCUAAGCUCUUGAGAAAUAAAUCGAAGAGCAACUUCAACCAAAGGAAGGCGAGGAUCCAGUUGAUGACGAUACCAAGCAUUUAUUAGCAAAGAAGCUAAGAUUCAAAUUGCUCACUAAAGGCUUUUAUGCGCCAGGACAAGUCUAACAGCCAGGAAAAAGUGCUCCUCCUGAAGACCACAAGGCAGAUGCACCUCAUGAUGGCCCUUAGUAUCAUCCCUUGACUCCUGAAUAGUGGAAGAGAAAGAUCAUGGCCUUUAGGAAGUUAAACGUUAUAAAGAUGGGCCGUGUCUUCUAGACUGUAUUUUAUUUGCUCGGAUAUCUCCGUGAAGACAUCUGCGAAAGAGAUACUAAUAAACUAGAAUGGAAGAAAGCAAAGAAACUUUUAGAUGAGGACUUUUUCAAGCGAAUUGGAGAGUAUAACCCAUUUGGACCAAAGGAGGGGCAUUAUAAGCAAUACUAAAAACUGAAAUUCUUAAAGAAAAACAUCGCUAGUUAUGAAGCAGACCAAAUCGAUGAUUAUUCAGUUGCAUUAGGCAAAUUAUUCAGAUGGCUUCAAAGUGCUAUCGAGCUCAGAGAAGAGGAUGUAAUCUAAAGAAGAGAACAAAUCGCAAAACUUAAAGAAGAAAGAUAACUCGCUAUUGAUGCCUCUCAAGAAAGAGAAAGACUUAAAGAUAAUGACCUCAAUGAAUAUGAUGCAAAAGAAGAUGAGAGAUUAGCCGCAAUAGAAGAGGAAGAAGACGGAGAAGGUUAGGUUUCUCCACAAAAAUAAAGAAGAAACUUUGAUGAGGAUGGCCAUCUCAAAAAAUGGGAUGAAGAAAAUCCAAAGAUAGACAUACCCCCUGAGGUUGUAGACUAUAUAGAUAAUGAUUUCGACCUAGAAUCUGAAGAUGGCAAAGAAUGA